AUGGCAACGACUCCGAUUUGGCUUCUACUGUUUGGAGCUAUCUUCGGGGUCCUUUCAGCUUCUCUCAGUAAAACCCUCCGCUAUCAAGCACCAGAUGAAUGCAAAUGGGUGGUUGUGGAUAGUUCAUCAGACGAAGAUGAUGUUGCAUUGGUUUGUCGACUCAGAACCAUCAACAGCGAACUUGAAAACACUAAUUUCAGUGUAAUUCAACCCCAACAUACAGUCAGACUGAGGCUUGAAUGUUCUGAUGCUCUAUUCUUCCAAAGCUCUUUGAGCGCUGGUAGUUUUAAACCCCUAAUUGAACUCAAAGAAUUGAGUAUCGAGUACUGUAAAAUUGGCAACUUAUCAGAUGGUGCUUUCAGAGGCCUAAAAGAUCUUCGAAAUCUUACAGUUAAAACGCACAACACAGACUGGAGUGCUAUGACUCUGGAUGUAUCACCAAAUGCAUUUUCUGAUGAACUAAGACUGCUGGAAAGAUUGGAUUUGGGAGAAAACAAUAUGUGGAGCCUACCUGAAGGAGUUUUAUGUCCAUUAUAUGCUCUGGAGGUGUUAAAUUUAACCAGAAAUCGAUUGCGAGAAGUUAGCAGUUUUCAUUUCUCCAGCAGCUUCUCAGAAAAAUGUGGUGCCAAUUUAAAAAUACUUGAUUUAUCGAAAAAUAACAUCGAUUCAUUACCAUCUGGGCCAUUUUCAAGUUUGUCGAGGCUGGAAAAAUUGUAUCUUCAUGGUAAUGGAUUAUCAUCAGUAGCCGAUCGUGCUUUGGAAGGUUUAACAGCUCUUCACAUUCUCAAAAUCUCUGACAAUCGUUUAGUGAAUUUGCCACCCGAACUAUUUGGCGAUACUCGCGAUUUGCGCGAAAUGUAUCUGCAAAAUAACUCGAUAAACGUUCUCGCUCCAGGAUUAUUUAGUGAGCUCGCGCAAUUAUUGGUGCUGGAUUUAUCUCACAAUGAGCUGACAGCUGAAUGGAUUAACACUGCCACAUUUGCGGGAUUAGUGCGACUCGUAGUGCUCGAUGUGAGUUAUAAUCGGAUUGCGCGCCUUGAACAGAGCGUUUUUCGGGACUUGUACAGUUUGCAAAUUUUAAGACUGAAUGAUAAUUUUAUCGAAACUAUUCCUGAAAAUACUUUCAGUGCUUUAUAUAAUUUGCACACUCUAAUAAUUUCCAAUAAUAAAUUGACCCGCAUUGAAACCGAUACUUUCAAUGGACUUUAUGUGCUUUCAUUGUUGUCUUUGGAUAAUAACAAAAUUUCUUGGAUACAGCAAGAUGCUUUAAAAAAUUGCUCUAGCCUUCAAGAUCUGCACCUCAAUGGCAACAAAUUGCAACAAGUUCCAGAAGUUAUCAAAAGUGUGCCAAUGCUUAAAACCUUAGAUUUAGGCGAAAAUCACAUAGAUUCAAUAAACAACGACACUUUCAGUGACCUAAAACACAUGUAUGGACUCAGGCUGACUGAAAACAACAUCGGCAACAUUACCAAAGGGGUAUUCGAUAAAAUGGCCUCGCUGAAGAUCCUAAACCUUUCACGCAACAAGAUUCAGAAAGUAGCCGCUGGCAGUUUCGACAACAACCUUAAUUUACAAGCCAUUCGGCUCGACGGAAAUUAUUUAACAGACAUUGAAGGAUUAUUUGCAAAAUUGCCGAGUCUGGUGUGGCUUAAUAUCUCCGACAACAGGCUAAAGUGGUUUGAUUAUGCACUGAUUCCCACUGGGUUGCAAUGGCUAGAUAUUCAUUCCAAUCAAAUUGAAGAACUUGGUAAUUACUUUGAAAUUGAGUCCAGCUUGUCACUGAGCACUUUUGAUGCUAGCUCCAAUAAAUUGACUGAAAUAACUGGCAGUGCCAUACCAAAUAGUGUCGAAGUAUUAUUUUUGAAUGACAAUUUAAUAUCAAAAGUGCAAUCGUACACAUUUUUCAAAAAACCAAAUUUGACGAGAGUGGAUUUAUUCGGCAACAAAAUCACUAGCUUGGAUCCAAACUCCCUGAGAAUAUCAGCAGUUCCUCCAGAAAAAGAACUUCCAGAGUUCUACAUUGGAGGCAACCCUUACAAAUGUGACUGCACUAUGGAAUGGUUACAAAAAGUUAACAGUGUUAAUCGAGCCAGAACUCAACCAAAAUUGGUAGAUUUGGAAAGUAUAUUUUGCCAACUAUUGUACAAUAGAGGAACAACAUACGUUCCUCUGGUGGAAGCUGCUCCAUAUCAAUUUUUGUGCACCUAUAUAUCUCACUGUUUUGCAUUAUGUCAUUGCUGUGAUUUUGAUGCCUGUGACUGUGAAAUGACUUGCCCCAAUAAUUGCACUUGCUACCACGACCAAUCAUGGAGCGCCAAUGUUGUUGACUGUACGUCUGGUGGAUAUGUUGUUGCACUGCCAGAACAAAUACCCAUGGAUGCCACUCAACUUUAUAUUGAUGGUAACGAUUUAAGAUCGUUGAACAGUCACGCCUUUAUUGGCAGAAAACGGUUGAAAGUUUUAUUUUUGAAUAAUUCCAACAUAGAGAGCAUUCAAAAUAGAACUUUUCAUGGCCUCAAGGAGCUGGAAACGUUACAUUUGGAUGGAAACCGUUUGACGGAAUUGAAAGGCUACGAAUUUGAAGGUUUGGAAGAGUUGCGUGAAAUAUUUUUGCAAAAAAAUCGAAUUUCUGUCAUAGAAAACAAUACAUUUAAAGGCAUUCGACAUUUAAAAGUUCUUCGUCUUGACCAUAACAGAUUGACGAUAAUGGAUGCAUGGAUUCUUCCCAAUACCCUCAUUGAAGUGACAAUGGCUUUUAACCCUUGGAAUUGUGAUUGUGAUUUCACAGAAAAGCUACGUGAAUGGAUGAUACGCGGAGACGCGGUACAAGAUAUUACUAAAGUGCGGUGCCUAUUCAAUGCAACGGAUAUAGACUAUUAUAGUGACGAAAUUUAUUCUGAUAGCACCGAUCUUGGAUUCUUUAUAACUCAAAAUGUUACAAAGUGUACAGGGGCUGCAAAUAUAGACAAUAGUGUAAACGGAAACUUAACGGCAACAAAAACCAUCAUAAAAAAGCAAAUUAUAAAUGAUUACUUGCCACUUUUAGUGAUAACGCUGGUAGUGUUCGCCGCAAUAGUAAUGUUAACACUGAUCUUGUUUAUAUUCAGACAAGAAGUUCGCGUGUGGCUACACUCAAAAUUCGGCUUGAGAGUAUUCCAGAGACCUUCCGAUAUAGAUCGAGACGAUCGAGAUAAACUGUUCGACGCGUUCGUGAGUUAUAGUUCUAAGGACGAAGGUUGGGUGGCCGAGGUUUUAGCUCCAGCCUUAGAACCUCAUUAUAAACUGUGUUUGCACUAUCGCGAUUAUCCCGUCGGUGCGUUUCUUGCGGACAGUAUAGUGCAAGCCGUGGAAUCGUCCAAAAGAACAAUAAUGGUGCUUUCAGAUAAUUUCAUAAAGUCUGAGUGGUGUCGGUUCGAAUUUAAAUCGGCCCAUCAUCAAGUUUUACGCGACAGAAGACGUAGACUCAUUGUAGUACUCCUUGGCGAAGUUCCUCAAAAAGACUUGGAUCCAGAUAUUAGGCUGUACCUCAAAACCAACUACUACCUUCAAUGGGGAGACAAAUUGUUCUGGGAAAAAUUAAGGUAUGCUCUUCCAGAUGUUCCAAAUAAUCAUAGACACAAUUCAAAUGAAGUCCUAAAGGUAGACAGUACUUCUAAUGACAUUCAUAAUUUAAUAGCACUACUUGCGAAUCCUAGUGAUAAACUCGAAGAAGGUCGCGCUAUAGUUCCGGAACGGCUACAACCAGCUGACCGUUUUGUAUCGGAACUUAUAACUUACCUAAUUACUGGCAAACGUCAACCAAUGCAAGUAAGUCUGUCCAUGUCUGUGCAUAUCGUAACUGGUAGCAAGGAGCUUAUUAAUAUUCUAAAGAUAUUGAAAAUUGGAAUCUCGUAUGAUGAUGUCCUUGAUGAAUUAGCAGCGUUGGCGAUUCAGGAACGCAGAAGACAAGAAAAUUUUCAAACAGGAUCUCGAGAUCUUCUGUAUCCUCAACAGAUAGCAUCAUUCCAGCCAGGUACCGUUGUCAUGGAUAAUAACGACUUCCAAGAAGACGGGCUUACGAGUUCCGAAACAAGUCAUUAUACGAAAUAUGCUGCCCAAUAA